CUUUCUCCUGAUGUUAUAGUGAAAAGAGUAGUGUUUACCUCAUCUGCAAUCGUGAACAUGAAAAGCCAUAUGAUUUUAACUAACCCUUUGCUUUGCUUCUUGUUUCUCAGUACCUUUGUGUGUAGCCAACUUGAUUACAAAUACUACGAUUACACUUGUCCCAACCUCACAAAAAUCGUUAGAAAUGGCGUCUGGUCUGCUAUUUCCAACGACACCAGAAUGCCUGCUUCUCUUUUGCGCCUUCACUUCCAUGACUGUUUUGUCAAUGGAUGUGAUGGAUCAGUGCUGCUUGAUGAUACUAGUACGUUCACAGGAGAGAAGAACGCAAUUCCUAAUCGAAAUUCAGCUAGAGGAUAUGAAGUCAUUGAUGCAAUAAAGGAUAAUGUGGAGAAAGCUUGCCCAUCUACUGUUUCAUGUGCUGAUAUAUUGACUCUAGCAGCUAGAGAAGCUAUUUAUCUUACUAGAGGACCCUAUUGGCCAGUCUCCUUGGGACGUCGAGAUAGUCUUGCUGCAAGUCAGAGCGCAGCUAAUGAUCAGAUUCCAUCACCUUUCGAGCCCUUAGCAAACAUUACUGCAAAAUUUGUAUCUAAGGGUCUUGACAUAAAAGAUGUUGUGGUGCUUUCAGGUGCCCACACAAUUGGAUUUGCUCAAUGUUCCACGUUCAAGCGAAGGUUGUUUGAUUUCGAUGGAUCAGGCAAUCCUGAUCCAACACUGGACUCAUCAUUGCUAGGCAGUUUGCGGAGCGUCUGCCCCAAUCAGAAUGAUUCAGAUUCCAACUUGGCCCCUCUGGAUCCAGUCACAACCAACAAGUUUGACAACGUAUACUUCAAGAACUUACUGAACAAUUCCGGGCUUCUUGAAUCCGACCAAGCUCUAAUGAAUGACAAUACGACUACUGCACUGGUGUCAAACUAUAGCAAGUAUCCGUAUCUUUUCUCCAAGGAGUUCGCGGCAUCAAUGGUAAAGCUGACCAAUAUCGGUGUGUUAACAGGAAAAGAUGGAGAGAUCAGAAAGAACUGUAGGGUGGUGAAUUAGAAUUUUCGGAUAGUGAAAUCAUUAGCUUUGCUAGCAAGUAACAUAUUAUCGAUGUAUGUUUGAUGUUGUAUAAGAAAUCAUCUUGGAUCUAGUUGAAAGUACUUCAUUGUCACAUUUCCACUGUUUAAUAUGAACUAAGUUUAUAUGACAUUGAUAAACAAAGCAAAGUUUCUUCUUGUCUAAUAGUAGUAAAUAAGUUAGUUAUGGCUUCCAUAAAGUCUGUCUAAUAUAUUACCUAAACAAUACAAAAUUGAUCGAGUUGGAAACCUGGAAUUUGGGAAAAUGUGCAAUGUAUGUAGAGGCAACCUACAUUAUACAUGACAUGAAAAUAAACUAAGCAGAUACAAGGAUUGCAGCA